AUGCUUUCCGAGGCAGGUUUCCUCCCACUGUCUCACAGACGCGACAAAAUCCUAAGUGGAUAUGUAGCGGGAAUCCGGGCGCAACCGGAUCAUCCCAACUAUAAACUUUUGUUUUCCGGAAUACGCGGUUUUCUGGAGAGGCCCACAAUUACUAGACCUGCCGGUGUUCGAGCCCACGAACUAUUCGCUGCGAUGGCAGUUAAUAUGCCGCCCGUGUUACCAUUUGGACAAGGCGAAGUUCCGCCUUGGAUGAUCCCGAAAAUGAAAAUCUUCUUAAAACUGGCGGAAUACGUUAAAGAAGAUACCCCAGUAACAAUAUACAGAAGCAACUUUCUUGCCUUUCUGGAGGAGCAUCGGAACUCAACCAUCAUCUACACUGAUGGAUCACGCACAGAAUCAGGAGUAGGAUGCGCUGUAUACGUGGAAUACAGGUCGCACGAGUGGACACUUCCGCCUAUGACAACUGUAUACGGAGCAGAACUGUAUGCAUUGUGGCAGGCUCUGCUGUAUUGUCUAAUAAAUAGAGGGCACGUGUUUCUGAUUGUUUGCGAUAGCCUCAGUGUUAUGGCCGGGAUACGGGACAUUUUUUCCCGUGACCCUCUUAUUCAGAGAAUACAAGCAAUGUACACAAAUGUUACGAAGUCCGGUAAGGUAGUGGAAUUUGCGUGGAUACCCAGUCAUGUAGGAAUACACGGAAAUGAACUGGUUGAUGCGGCAGCAAAACGUGCAACAAGAGGAACCCGAGUAGAUGUCAAGGACCUAAGACCCACGGAUCUUAAAGCAGCCCUGAGGCUGGCCGUGGGAAGGACGGCGAAAUGGAUUCCGCCACUUACGCUAACGCGAACCGAACGCGUGAAAAUACAAAGGCUGCGGAUAGGACAUACUGGACUCACCCAUGCUUAUUAUAUACUUCGCGGAGAACCUCCUCCCAUGUGUCAAUGUGGUGAACGGAUAACGGUCGUCCAUAUCGUAUGUACGUGUCCAAAUUUUGUCCAAACAAGAACAGCCGCUGCAAAUAUCACCAGACCUACAGCAGAACUUGCGGGAGCCUACGAGAAUAAGAGGAGUGCUAGAUUUUCUGAAAGGAAAUAA